AUGCAAUUUCUACAGCUUCUAUCAUCUGUUCCCCUGAACAGCCAAUUCCGGAUUGCGAGGCAAUUGCAUCAUCAUCGCCGGUUCGCGGUUCGCGCCAAGGCUAAUGAGGUUAUCUAUGAUCAGAGUGCCAGAAAGGCUAUAGGGGCCGGUAUCAAUAUACUUGCUGAUGCUGUUGCUCUUCGUCUUGGCCCUAGAGGAGGACGGGAUAUUGUGAUUGUGAAAGAUGGUGCCCCAAUGGUUGUUAAUGAUGGCGUUUCAAUUGGCAAAUCUAUUGAGCUAUCUGAUGCCAAUGAAAACGCUGGCGCUGCUCUUAUCAAAGAGGUUGCAAGCAAAACCAAGGAGUCAGCUGGUGAUGGGACAACAACCGCAUCGGUUAUUGCACGUGAAAUAAUCCAACUCGCAAGUGUCACCUCCGGUGCUAAUGCCGUCUCAGUAAAGAAAGGCAUUGACAAAACUGUAGCUGCUCUGGUUCAGGAGCUGGAAAAGAAAGCCACACCUGUUAAAGGUCAUGAUGAUAUCAAAGCCAUUGCAUCGAUGUCUGCUGGAAAUGAUGAUGUCAUUGGAACCACGGUUGCUGAUGCCAUGGACAAGAUUGACAGAGGAUACAUCUCCCCAAUGUUUGUUACUGACCCUGAGAAAAUAACCGUGGAAUUCGAGAACGCCAGAGUGUUGGUCACAGACAAAAACAUAUCUUCAAACAAAGACAUAACCCCAUUGUUGGAGAAAAGAAACCAGUUAGGUGGUCCUUUGUUGAUUAUUGCUGAAGAUGUCACUGGUGAAGCUUUAGGUACUCUUGUAGUAAACAAAUUGCGAGGCGACCUCAAGGUGGCUGCCAUUAAAGCUCCUGGUUUUGGUGAAAGAAGAAAAGCACUCCUUCAAGACAUUGCCAUCAUGACAGGAGCUAAGUACCUAUCGAGUGAGUCGGGUUUGCUUAUCGAAAACAUAUCAGUUGAGCAACUUGGAAAGGCUAAAAAGGUCACAAUCAGCAAAGACACAACCACCAUCAGCCUUGAUGGUGCAUCUAAAGAUAAGAUCGAGUCGAGAAUUUCUGAAAUCAAGAAAGAAUUAUCCGAAACAGAUUCGAUCUACGAUUCUGAAGAACUAGCAAAACGAAUCGCGAAUUUAUCCCGCAAGGUCGCUAUCAUAAAAGUGGGUACUGCAUCGGCAGACCAGAAAUCCCGUUUUGCAGCAAUAAAAGAAGGAAUAGUCCCUGGAGGUGGUGCUGCAUUUGUCCACCUGUCAACAUUAGUUCCUGGUAUUAAGGAAACGCUUGAUAAUGCGGAUGAACGUUUGGGUGCUGAUAUUAUUCAAAAGGCGAUUGUGGCACCUGCAUCAUUGAUUGCACAGAACGCCGGAAUUGAUGGUGAUGUGGCUGUUGAGAAGGUGAAGGAAGGGGAGUGGGAGAUGGGGUAUAACGCAGUGACUGAUAAGUAUGAGAAUUUGGUGGAGGCCGGAGUUGUUGAUCCGGCGAAGGUGGCACGAUCUGCACUUGAGAAUGUGGCUUUGGUUGCAGGGAGGGUGUUGAUUACAUAG